GUCCAGCACCUGGCCAUCUUUCCCUCUCUUCCUUAAACAUGUUUCGAAACCCAUGGAUCUCUAGUUACCAUGUGAACCAUGUGCAGCCAUGUAGGCAAGGAUUUGGAUCGAAAGCUCUGACUAAACUUAGCAGCUCAACCUCCCUGCCAACAGACGCCUUAAGUUUUCAGAGCGACUUCUCCUUAAAAGGCAAGACCACCUUGGUCAAGAGUGUUUCGGAUACAGAUGCCAAACUUCUGGUCAUCCUUCCCAAGGUGUCAGAGUUGAAGAAAAACUUUGAGAGAGCAGUGUCCAAGGAUCUGGGGAUGAACAGGAAGGAAAGGAUAGCCCGGCGCCUGGAGGGGAUUGAAAGUGAAGCACCUCCUGCUCUGGUUCCAGGUGGUUUGGUAGCCAACAGGAUGUUGGAGGAGGAUCCACCGCGAUACACCCGUGCCUCUGACCCGUGUGAGCCUCGUGUGACGGUGAGGCGCUACAGUCGAGAGGAGCUGGAUACCCCACGGAAGAAAGUGGCGUCUCCAGACAGAUCACUUCAGGUCAAAGGUGGUGUUGGCAGUGGCCGCCCAGAGCCGGUUGUAGUUUAUGUUGACCCAGUAACAUUAUCCACCUCCUCCACACCCACGUCUGGCCCAGCAGAUUCUACCAGCCUCAGUUCCAAGGCUGAACGCAUCGCCCGAUACAAAGCUGAACGCCGCCGCCAGCUGUCAGAACGUUAUGGCAUCCUCCUGGAUCAGGAAGCAGACAUCGAUUACACGCCGCGCCACCGCUCCAGACAGGAUCCAGACACCUCUGAUCGACAAACUGCCCCCAGGCAAGACAGAGACAGAACAGAGGUGGAGGCGCAAGGACGGGACCCCAGGGUGCCAUACCGCUCUGGAGUAGGCAGGGUUUACAUGAGGACACACCCAGAUUCUGCACCUGCUGAAACUGUGAGCCCCGCCCACUCAAACCAAGCCCCACCACUGACACAAGACAGACGGAGCAGAUUUUCAGAGCGGGAAAGAGAGUUGAAUAUAGAAAACUACCGCCGUGGUGGCACUCAGGAGCGAUCGGUCUCUUCUAAAACCAGGACGCAUGAGCAACAUCGGCAUCAGCCUCAGCCACAACCCCAACAGCACACGCACCACCAGGAUUCUGCCCACCAGGAGCAAAGCCCCGCCUCCAGCAGGGAUUACAGUAUUGCAGCGGUGCCCAGCUCUCCUCGCACUGCCCGCCGGGCAUCCCUGCCCUCCACUCGUUAUGGCAUCUCACCUGGAGAUUUAUUCAUAGAGCAACAGGCUCAGAGCAUCCUCAACAGGCAGGGAAUUCGAGUAAGGGAACGGUUGUCCAAGGAUGAAACAGCUCUGAAGCCCCCCGACUGGAGUCCAGACAGGCACCAGGCUAACAGACAUCGUACUCAUAGGAGCACUGCUCAGAAUACUUCUCAGCACUCAGAACAAAUGUCACAAAGAACUGUUCCCCAACCUAAGCCUAGUCCAGGCCGUCAGCCUGCCCAUGGGCAAACCAUGUACCCAACCUCUACGUCAGGGUAUCAACACUCUGGCCCUGCUUUAGACUCUCAGCCCUAUUUGGCAAUGACAGCUCCAGUACCAGCUGCCAAACCUUUUGAACCCCCAGAGGUACAACCACGAAGAAGAAUUAGUGCUGACCAAAUCUACGCUGCCCAUAGGGAGGCAAGAUUAGAGGCAAGGCAGGUUCUUAAGGAAGAAGCCCAUACAGAAGGCCUGCUAAAGAGCAGGAAAGCUGUGUUGCCCUCAGAGAUUCGCCGAAGGGAGAGGAGUGUGGAUGAUACUCACAGGGGUCGCCACGAAGACAUGGACUGGCAGAACAUCAGCCCAGAACGGAGGAGGAUAAGUCAAGGAGAGGAGGACUGGGAUCGGGAAAGACCAAGGGAGAGAGGAAGGGAAAGACAAGUUCAACGGAUCAGAGAAAGAGGAAAAGAAUAUCUCUCCAAUCAUGACAGCCAAGAGGAGAGAAUUUUUAGAUCUAUGCAGCCUUCCCAUACCUCUGUAUACCAGCAGGUUAGGCAACAUCCAUCCUCAGAGCCUCUGUACGAUCAAGAUCCCCAUACAAAACAGCAAGAGCUCCAAACACAGCAACAGUAUGAACCCAGAAAGGCAGAACAUGUUGCUCAAAUUCAGCAAGAUCUGCAACUGCAGCAUCAGUACAACAACUUGAGACAGCCACAGGAGCAACAAAGACAGUCUCAAGGACAACAUAAAUAUGAGCUGCAAACACAAGAGCCUCCAUGUAAGCAGCAAGACUUCCAUUUAAGACAACCAGAGCCUCGGCUAGAAGAGAUUGAGCUUCAGUCGCAGCAGCAGGCACCAUUGCAGCACCAGAGGUUUGACUCAGCUGUCUACCUUCAGCGUGGAUCCUCUUUACCUCAAGCCAAGCACAGAAUUAUGGAAAUGACUGGAGGGCCCAAACCCAAGAUACGAACCCGCUCCAUGUCAGAUAUUGGUGUAAGCCAGCAUUCUGCCAUGUAUCGCAUUGAGAGGGCAGCGGCCAGCAAAGAGUCAUCCAGGGUUGACCCUCCUCCUGGGAUGGCUAAUGGGGAGAUGGGCACCUUGGACACAAGGGUGUCAGUUGCACAGCUGCGACACUCUUACCUGGAGAAUGCCAACCGGAAACCUGAGUUUGAGACUACUAAAGCAGAUCUCUCAACUAUGGAGGUGGAUCCAUCUAGCAGCAGUGACAGGGUGGCUCGGAGGCCUCGACGGUACAUCACUCCAGGAGACAGUCGCAUGUCGGAAAGGUUCAGGACCCAGCCCAUCACCUCUGCAGAGCGUUUGGAGUCUGACAGGUCCCGUCUAAGCCCAUCACAACUACAGGAAGCUGAAGAUGAAGAAAAACUGGAUGACAGAGCCAAGAUGAGUGUUGCUGCAAAGAGGUCCCUUUUCAGGGAGCUGGAGAGGACAUCAGAGGGAAGCGUUCCCAAACCCCGCUCACGAAAUGCUGCCGUAGAAAGACGUCUGAGAAGAGUUCAGGACCGUUCACACACACAACCUGUCACCAACAAAGAGGUGGUCAAUGCUUCAAGUGAUUCCACCACAUCAUCACAACCUGUGGGCGUCCACAAUUAUGCAAAUCAAGUCUGCAGCCCCACAGUAACCAGCACCAGUGUGACUAGCAUCAGCAUGCAGGCCUCCUCUCAGCCAAGCUCAGCAGCUCAGGAGCAGGAAACCAAAGAGAACCAGAGGCCAGGUCAGGCUUCCAGUGGUGGAGGAGAGCUAGACGUGCAGGAGUUCUUUCCAGAUGAGCCUGACCUUUCCUCGCUUAGUUUGUCUGAGAAGAUGGCCCUCUUCAACCGCCUCGCCCAGCCUACAGCUAAAGCAGCAGAGGGUGCUCGUGGGGACACCCGCCAGCGCAGAGCCAACGCCCGCUUUCAGACUCAACCCAUCACUCAAGGAGAGGUGGAGCAGGAAGCUGAGCCACCGGUAACAUCUGCGGUGUGUAACGGUGACUUAGAGGCCAAUCAGGGAGAAUAUCUGAGAAAUGGAGGAGAAAUCAAACUGGAGCCACUGUCAGCCUCCCUGGUUCGAUCCGUGGCAGCUGUCACCUCCCAAACUGCUGUCACCACAGUAACAAUGACGCCAGGCAGCAGCAAUGAUGAUGGUUUCCAUCCAGAGAAGUCCACUGCUGUACCCUACAUCCCUGCCCAACAACAGGCUUCCAGCAGCACAAACCUACACCAGGAGAGGGCGCCGAGGUAUUUCUCUAUGACCCAGAGUACUGACCCAGGCCACCCUGAGUCUGAGCUCAACUCCUCCCCUCUUCUCCCUGAGAAUCGAGAGAAAGCCGGGGCCCCUCCUGCUUCCUCCUCUUCCAUCAGUCACAGGCAACAAGGGGAGGCGGUGGUGGAGGGUUGGAGAGAGCGACGAGAGGAGGAGGUUGUGGGGAGACAGCAGGGAGGAGCCAGAGAAGACAGUCAAGGCGGCAGCUUUCAGAGCAAGCCUCACUCCUCUGACAGGGACAGAAAAGACAGGCUGCAGCAUCCUCAGCACUCUGCCGAGCCCUCUUUGUGGUGGAGUGAAUCAGAGCUUCUGCCCAGCUGGAGAGUCACAGACAGAGACUCCCAGGAGGGUAGGGAGAGACGAGAGGUAGGAGGAAGAGGAAAAGGAGGCCACCUGAGGGAGCCUGCAGCAACUCACAGUUCCACCACACAGGAGCAAGACAGAAGCAGUGGACGAAACCAGGAAGGCAUUUCAGACUUUCAGGAUCAUCCAGUACCCCUGAGGCCACUGAUUGCGAAAGUAUCAUCCAGGACAGCAUCUCACAUUUCAAGCAGCCAGCAGCAAAAUAUUAUCCAUCCCCCUCAAACACUACCUAAACCUGCUUCAUACAUCCAGCCACAAUCACACUCACAACCCCCACCAACAUAUCCCAAACCUUUCACUCACACACAAACCCAGCCCAAACCUCAGGGAUUCAUCCAGUCUUUCCCUAAGCCUUAUCUGCAGACAGCUCCCCAGUCUCAACCCAAACUUCAGGUGCCUCCUCAGACACCCCCUAAACCCCAGUCCUUUCCCCAGACACUGGUCAAAUCCAAGUCCCUGCCCCUGGACCAAAGUGAGGACUUCAGCAGGCACAGUGUCCAUUCUGGAGAUCUGCUGUCCCCCACAGAGUCCGGAGACCAACUGUCUGACGGCAUGUCCAGCAAACAGAUGUCCAUCAAGGAGAGAGUGGCACUGCUGAAGAAGAGUGGUGAGGAAGACUGGAGGAACAGGAUCAACAAGAAACAGGAAGUGGUUAAAGUGGCGUCCACCGAGCAGCAGACUCAGCAAUGGGAGACGGAGCAGAUGGCUCAGAAGAAGGAUGAAGGGGUGGUCAUUCAAGACUACUCUGCUGUGUCUGUAUCUGAACAGCUGUGGGAGCCUGUUUUCUCCUCCACCUUUUCUCCUCCUAUCCCUCUUGGCCAAAAGUGUCAGUAUAUUGAUCAUCAUAGUCAGAAGGUCGGAGAAGAAAUUGAGGCCCAGAUGACCAUUGAAGAGAGGAAACAGAUGAUUUCUACUCGUGAGGAUGCCUGGAAGACAAAGGGCAAAGGAGCAGCCAAUGACUCCACUCAGUACACGGUUGCUGCACGGAUGGUCAAGAAAGGCCUGGCAGCCUCCUCCUCAGUUAUCAGUCCCAUCCUGUCACCAGUCUCCACUAAACUCAAGAGCAGCACCCCAGCUGUCAGCAAACCACAAGAGGAAAUCGAGGCCAGGCCAGAUAUGGAAUCAGAUAAAAAGUUAGACAAGCUGGAGAGCUUCUUGGGACGUCUGAAUAGCAAAGUGGCGGGUUUGCAGGAAACCACCAUCACAGUGACUGAGAAGGCAGUGAAGGAAGUGAUGAAACUGGAUGAUGAGAUCUUCUCCAAGUUUUACAGACGCGUGUCUGAAUUUCCUCGCAUGCCCUCCAGGAUUGAGAUCAGUGAAGACUUUGACACCAUUUUUGGUUCACAGGGUCCCAAGCUGACUUCAGCUAUGGUGCAGCACAAACGGUCUGUUCGUCCAUCCAGGAACGUUCAGGCAUCUAAAAACCCUCUGAAGAUGCUAGCAGCCAGAGAGGACAUCCGGCAUGAGUACACAGAGCAGAGGCUGAAUGUGGCACAGCUGGAAAGCAAGAGGAUAAAAACUGAAAAGAUAAAUAAAUCCUCUGAGUACUCUGAGGCUGCUCUGGCUGGUCUGGCCAGCAAAGAAAACUUCAGCAGUGUGAGUCUGCGCAGCGUCAACAUCUCCGAGCAGACCUCUAACAACAGCGCAGUGCCGUAUAAGAACCUCAUGCUGAUGCAGGUCAAAGGUCGUCGUCAUGUUCAGACCAGAUUAGUGGAGCCCAGAGCGUCCUCUCUGAACAGCGGGGACUGUUUCCUGCUGGUCACUCCAGAGCACUGCUUUGUUUGGAUAGGAGAGUUCUCAAACGUCAUUGAGAAAGCUAAAGCGGUAGAUUUGGCCACUUUCAUCCAGACAAAGAAGGACAUGGGCUGCAGAGCCAGCCAGGUGCAGACCAUUGAAGAGGGGGUUAACCCACAAGGUCCUGAUGCACAGCAGUUCUGGACAGUGCUGGGUGGACAGAUGGCCUAUCGACCUGCUGGUCCACCAGAGGAGGAUGAGCAGUUUGAGAAUGACAUUGUGGACACCAACUGUAUCUUCAGACUGCUGGAUGAUAAACUGGUUCCUGAUGAUGAUGAGUGGGGGAAGAUCCCCCGCAGCUCAAUGCUGACAUCUAAAGAGGUGCUGGUGUUUGACUUCGGCAGCGAGGUGUACGUUUGGCACGGCAAAGAGGUGACUCUCGCCCAAAGGAAGGUGGCCUUCCAGCUCGCCAAACACCUGUGGAACGGUAUGUUUGACUACACCUGCUGCGACAUCAACCCACUGGAUCCUGGAGGCUGCAACACCCUCAUACCCAGGAAGGGCCAGGGCCGUCCUGACUGGGCGAUAUUUGGCAGGCUGACAGAGCACAAUGAGACAAUCUUGUUUAAGGAGAAGUUCACGGACUGGACUGAAGCAAAGUCGCCCACACAAAAGGAAGGAGGCGAGCUUGCACCUGAGCAGAAGGAGGCUCCGGGACGAGAAUGCCGGCCUUACGACACCAACCUGAUGCUGCCUGUGCUCCAGUCACCUAUUUCCACCAUUUUGGACGGAGUUAACGUGGGCCGCGGCUAUGGCCAGGUGGACACAGAGGACCACAUGAGGGUCCAGGAGAUCUGCACAGCGUCCGUGGAUGUUUGGCAUAUCCUGGAGUUUGAUUACAGUCGCCUGCCACGCCAGAGCAUCGGCCAGUUCCACGAAGGAGACGCCUACGUGGUCAAAUGGAAGUACAUGGUCAGCACUUCAGUCGGUCGGAGGCAGAACCCCGAGGCGAGGAGUUGCGGGCUGGGGAAGGAAAAAUGCUGCUAUUUCUUCUGGCAGGGUCGACACUCCACAGUCAGCGAGAAGGGAACGUCAGCCUUGAUGACGGUGGAGCUGGAUGAAGAGAGAGGGGCUCAGAUCCAGGUGCAGCAAGGAAAAGAGCCGCCAUGUUUCCUGCAGUGCUUCAACGGAGGGAUGAUCGUCCAUUCUGGGAAGAGGGAGGAAGAGGAGGAGAACACUCAGAAUGAGUGGCGUCUGUACUGUGUGCGGGGUGAGGUGCCGGUGGAGGGCCACCUGCUGGAGGUGGCAUGUCACUGCAGCAGCCUUCGCUCAAGAGCCUCCAUGAUCCUGCUCAACAUCAACAAUGCCAUCAUAUACCUGUGGCACGGCUGCAAGACGCAGCUGCACACUCGCAGCGUUGGAAAUACAGCAGCCCUCAAGAUCAAAGAACAGUGUCCUCUGGAAGCAGGUCUCCACAGCAGCAGCAAAGUGACCAUCCAUGAGUGUGAUGAAGGGAUGGAGCCUCCAGGCUUCUGGGAGGCACUGGGGAGGAAAGACAGGAAGGCUUAUGACUGCAUGCUGCAAGAUCCAGGAAAAUUCAACUUCACCCCACGCCUCUUCCAGCUGAGCAGCACAUCUGGAGACUUUGUUGCAGCUGAGUUCUUCCACCCAUCUAGAGCUCCAGACCUGGUCAGCUCACUGCCCUUCCUGCAGGAAGAUCUGUACAACGCACCACAGCCUGCUCUGUUCCUGGUGGAUAACUUCCAUGAGGUGUACCUGUGGCAGGGCUGGUGGCCUCAGGACAGUGAGAGCACCGGUUCGGCUCGCAUCCGCUGGGAUGCUGACAGGAAGUGUGCGAUGGAGACCGUACUGCAGUACUGCAAAGAGAGGAACGAGAAAAAGCCUCAGAAGUCAUACCUGAUCCAUGCUGGACUGGAGCCGCUCACCUUCACCAACAUGUUUCCCAGCUGGGAACACAGAGAGGACGUGGCUGAGAUCACAGAGAGGGAGGCGGAGGUGUGUAACCAGAUCAUCCUGGUGGAGGACGUGUUGGCCCGGCUCUGUCAGAACAUCUUUCCUCUGGCUCAGCUGCAGGCCCGGCCGCUCCCGGAGGGAGUCGACCCGCUCCGCCUGGAGAUCUAUCUGUCCGACCAGGACUUUGAGAAAGCUUUGGAAAUGAAGAGAGAUGACUACGAACGUCUGCCAGGGUGGAAGCAAGUGAACAUAAAGAAGGCCAAAGGACUGUUUUAAGACAAGUUUUUAACUAAAGAUGGCGUGCGAAGCGGUCAAAAAGUGGACAGUGGAGAUGAGGACAAUGGGAAAGUUUCAGAACGAGACUGGAGACGCACUCGCCUCGCUUAUACUCAUGUUUUACUUCUCAACUGUGUCAGUACUUAACUAAAUUAAAUCCAAGCUGUGUGUCAGCAGGUUAAAGCACCUUGCUUUGGUUCAUACAUGGAGUUUGUGUGUCUUUAAAAUCUCUUCCAAGCACUGAAGUCAACACUCGCAGACUCGCAGUAAAAAACAAAAACACUUGGAGGCUUGUUGUCAGAGUGCCAUGUUGUAGCUGUGUGUAUGUGUGCGACUGUAUAUAACUGUGGUGUAAUUUUUGUGUAAAUGUGCGAGUAGGUGCGUUUGUGACAUUGUAAAAAAACAAAACUGUCGCAUCAGGCUUCAUGAGGAAAGUUGGAAGCUGAGGCUUUGUUCUCAUGUUGCUCGACUGGUUUAAACUUGUGAAGUGACGGGAGGCGAGCUGCGACUGAAAGGUUUGACUGGACGGAGCGGGAAGGCAGCAGCUUGAUGAAUCUGGAUGUAUAGUGCCUUGCUUUUUGUGUACAGUUUAUAUACAGAAAUUCUAGUCUGCAUUUUUAAAGACUUUCUUUGUGAUAUAAGACUUAGUAAAUUAAAUCACAAUAAUGCUCAA